AUGGACAGAACAAGUGACAAAGUUGUUCAAAAUUUGGUUACUCGAUUUGAAAAUUUGUUUGACGUAAAAAUGAUUUUGUUACAUUUUUUAAAAAAUAUUUUAAAGUAUUUUGAAAGAAAACAGCACCAAUUAAAUGCAAAUUGGGAAAAUUUCCAUAAAGAGAUGGCGAAGUUUAAUCAACAAAAAAUCCAUGAAUGGGCAAAAAUAGAAGAUAUUCGGUUUGGUCUUCAACGUGAUGAAUAUAAUGCAAAGGCGGGAAAGGCUUCUGAUAAAAUAAAAGAGUUGGAACUAGAGCUAAUACAUGCAAAAAUUAAAUUAUUGGAAGGAGAAGUCAAUGCCUUUGGAAAAUCAUUUAAGGAGGAUAAUACAAAAAUUAAUGAUUAUAGUGAAAUUUUGGAUAAUACAGAGGUCUUUUCAGAAUUUUACUCAAGUUUUCAUUUUUGA